GCUCAACUGCUGGAUGCUAUAAAUUUGUCCGGUGCUAGCGUCGCUUUGCCCCUGAUUCGCAAGGAUCUAGGGUUUUCCGUUAGCUCCCUGCAGUGGGUGAUAUCUGCGUAUGCCCUCACGUUCGGUGGCUUCUUGCUACUCACGGGUCGUCUCGGCGAUGUAUACGGCCACCGAAAGUUCUUCGUCGCUGGACUGGCAUGGUUUACAGUGUUUGCAGUGGUGUCUGGUUUGUCGACAUCAUCGACGAUGUUGAUCAUUGCUCGUGGUUUACAAGGCGUCGGUGCCGCAGCCACUAUCCCCAACGCCAUCGCCCUCAUUUUACGAGUCUACCCCAUUGGACGCUCCCGGAACCGCGCCAUGGCCAUGUUCUCCUCCACCGGAGCCGUCGGUUUCGUCGUGGGUCUCAUCAUCGGCGGUUCCGUCACUCAGAGCUCCCUAGGAUGGCGCUGGAUGUUCCACCUCUCCGCAAUCAUCUCCACCAUUCUCUUCGUCAUCGGCGUGGUCGUCAUCCCAGCGGAUCUGCCCGGGGAAGAGAAGAAGAAGGCCCCAACAAACGCCAGCGACGAAUCGCUCGUCUCACCGGUGACCGCCCCCGAGAAGAAGCAAUCAAUUGACUGGUUUGGCGGCCUCCUCUCCACCGGCUCUAUGCUCCUCCUCGUCUUCGUCCUCACCGACGCCAACAGCCGCGGCUGGGGUUCCCCGCUCAUCAUCUCCCUCCUCAUCGUCUCCAUCGUGGUGUUCGCCGCCUUCAUAUUCGUCGAGUUCAAGGUCGACAGCCCGCUGAUGCCGCCCGCCAUCUGGAAACUCCCCAACUUUGCCCCCGCAUUCGCCAUCGCCGCCUGCGUCAUGGCGUACUUCCAGGCAUACCUGUAUUUCAUGACCCUGAUCUUCCAGCAGAUCAUGGGCUACGACGCCCUGCAAACCGCGGUGCGUUACCUACCCGUGGGUAUCAUGGCCUCCGUCGUCGGACUCUUCUUUGGCGAGAAGAUCCUUCACUACCUCAACCCCAAGAUGGCCCUCGUCGGCGGUCUCGCCCUCGGCACCGUUGGCAACAUCAUCCUCGGAUUCUACCGCCACGAAGACCAGUACUGGUCUAUCCUCUUCCCGGCCUUCAUCGUCGGCAUCCUCGGCAUGUCCUCCACCUACGUCUCCGCCUCCGUCGUCGCGAUAAGCGUCGCGCCCAUGCAUCUGGUCGGAAUCGUCGGCGGGCUCCUCAACACCGGGUUCCAGAUUGGAGGUGGACUCGGACUCGCUAUCACUACCGUCGUCGCCACCUCCGUCAUACCGGACACGGAAACGGCCGAUAAUGAAACGUUGAUGAACGGGUACCACGCUGCCAUCUGGACCGCAUCGGGGAUCGUUCUCCUUGCACUUUUUGGCGCGAUCAUGUUUGUUAAGAACAUCCCCCCG